AGUGGGUGAGGCCGCGGCAGCUGCUGCCGAAGUGAAAGUUGGGCUUUUAAUCAUGAAGUCAGCUUGAGAGUCAGGAAUGUAACAAACCAGCAGAACAACAACGAACGAAAGUCUCCCAGCUGGUUCCUGAUGGGUUUGUCAGGCUUCCACCUCGCAGUUCCGCUCUGCGUGGCCGUCCUCUCCGUGGCUGUCGCCGUCAGCGGGCUCCUUCCAGCCAUGCCGCCCGCCGCGCUGCCCGCCGCCGUCGGGGUGUGCUCCCUGGCCGGGGUGGCUCUCAUGUGGAGGAGCAUGAGCUCCAUGAGGAGAGGGGAGAACCGCUCCUUCGGCAGUCUGCUGAGCCAGUUCGUGGCGGUGAAGGCGGUGGGCUGGCUGGGCAGACGGCAGAGGAGGAAGCUGGAAGCCGACACGGUCAAGGUGAAGCUCGCCCAGGAGGAGACCUUGCUGAGAAGACUCAGGAAAAACGCCAACACGUGUUAUGGAAAACAAUACGACUUCAGCUCAAUCAAAGACAUUGACGGUUUUCGUGCACGUCAUCCCAUCACCUCAUAUGAGCACUAUCGAGCGCUCAUCAGCCGAAUCGCAGUCGGUGAGGAGAACGUCAUCAUCGCUGAAAAGCUGCUGAUCCUGGCUAUGACCUCUGGGACAUCGGGCCCCAGCGCCAUGCUGCUCAGCACGAAAGACACCAACUCAGAGUUCUUCCUGCAGGGAGUGGCCGUGUGUUUAGAUGCCAUGAGACAGGCUUUUCCAGACACCGAUAACCUCCAGCGCACCACCAAGUUGUUCUACACUCCUACUUUUCGCCAGUCAGAGGCCGGCAUUCCCAUUGGACCGAACUCCUCCACACCAGCAUCGUCUCGCCACAUGUUGAACCUCUACACAACUCCAGCUCCUGCCUUCGAGGUUCCCAGUGAGAAGGACACGCUGUACCUGCAUCUUCUGUUUGCUCUGAAAGAUCCCAGUGUGGGAACGCUGGAGUCCAACUUUGCUUCCACAGUUUUCUAUGCUUUCAGUGCUCUACAGGAGCGUUGGCAGGAGCUUGUUGAGGACAUCGAACAAGGAAAAGUCAGCAGCGCUCUGUCUCUGAAGCCUGAAGUGAGGACCCAGCUAGAAGCUCUAAUGAAGCCAGACCCUGAGAGGGCAGCCGGGCUGCGGGCUCACUUCCAGGACGGCUUCAGGGGGAUUGCCAAGCGCCUCUGGCCUCACCUCCACUUGGUGCUGACGGUGGACUCGGGCUCCAAUCAGAUCUACGGUGAAAUGUUGAGGGGGAACUACUGCGAGGGAGUGCCUUUCUAUUCACCCUUUUAUGCUGCGACUGAAGGUCUAAUAGGGGUGAACCUGUGGCCUCGGGAGCAAAGCAGACAUUACCUGCUCUGUCCUCGCUCCAUGUUCUGCGAGUUCCUGCCCGAGAGCAGCCUGGAGGAGGAGGCGCCUCGCACUCUGCUGAUGGAGGAGGUGAAGGAGGGAGACUGCUAUGAGCUGGUUAUCACCAACGCUUCAGGACUUUUCAGGUAUCGCAUCGGAGACGUGGUGAAAGUGGUUGGAUUCCAUAACCAGUGUCCCAUCGUGGAGUUUCAGUACAGACGGGGUCAGAUGUUGAAUGUUCGGGGGGAGAAAGUGUCGGAGGCCAUGUUCCUUGAUGCUUUGAAGAAAGCUGUUGCUCAGUGGCCCGGAGCUCAGCUGGUGGAUUACUGCUGUGCCGAGAGCGGCAUCUUGGAAGACUCCUCGGGAGGGUCGGACCCUCAUUACCAGGUGUUUGUAGAGCUGAAAGGUGUGAGGAAACUAUCGGAGGAACAACGAUAUAAACUGGACGUGUGUCUGCAGCAGGACUCGGCGGUCUACAAGUCAUACCGGAUCAAAGGCAGCAUCGGACCCAUGAGGGUGCAGCUGGUGGCAGAAGGUGCUUUCCAGGAGCUUCGUAAGCAGAUGAUGGCCUUCUCCAACACCUCAGCCAACACUUUCAAAAUGCACCGCGUGCUGCGCAGGAAGGAAUACGCAGACUUUCUCUUGGGGAAAACUGUUUCUUGAGAUAAAAUGAAGGUUUUGGACUCCAAACUGGUGGCAGGAAGAAAGAAAUGUGAUUUGUGCCUUUGGACCUUUUUUUUUCCCUCUGCCCUUUUUUUAAUAACUGCAUAUGAAAGAAGUGGUUUCACGGUUUGGUUUUCUGAAUGUUUGCAAAACACCAGGAUGCCACAUCAAAACUAAACCAUAUCCAAGUAUACACCAUCAUUAAAAGUCAAAUUAAAGGUGCUGUAGGCAGGAUUUUGCUAGUCAAUGCUAAUUUUUCUGUGUUUUCUUUGGAUUAAAUGUUAGAGUAUCCAUUGAUAAUCCUUUAGGGGUGUAGCAUAAUUGCA